CACGAAGCGUCAGACCAGGACGUAAACUUUGCUGUAUCCGCAGCGAAAACCGCCCUUGAGCCAUGGUCGGAGCUCUCUUGGCUUGCAAGAGGCAGAUAUCUCGCGCGGCUCGCUGAUGCGAUCAAGGAAGCCGAAGGACCUUUGGGGGACCUGGAGGCUGAGUGUAUUGGUCGGCCUAAGUCAACCUACUUCGAUGCGGCUAAGGGUUCCGAAUGUUUCCGCUACUUCUCUCAGGCGCCAUGCCCUCAAGGACGUACAAGCCCAAUGGAUGAGAAGCAUUCAGUGUUAACUGUGAUGCAGCCAGUAGGUGUUGUUGCGGUGAUUAUUCCUUGGAAUGCACCUCUUAUUUUCUUUAGUAAGAAGGUGGCACCUGCAUUGGCCGCAGGUAAUACAGUCGUUGUCAAGAGCAGCGAGAAAGCGCCCUUAACAUCUCUGUAUGUUGCUCGUCUCGCAAAAGAAGCCGGCUUCCCCCCCGGUGUCCUCAAUGUUCUCUCCGGCCACGGCCCAAAUUCAGGAAAAGCGCUUGCAUCGCAUAUGGAUGUACGAGCCCUGUCAUUUACCGGCUCCAUGCGCACCGGAAAAGAUAUUAGCGUAGCAGCUGCCAAUUCCAACCUCAAGAAUCUAAUUCUCGAACUCGGCGGCAAGUCACCCGCAAUCAUUUUUGAAGACGCCAAUAUCGAGGAUGCAGCAAAAGACACCGCACAUAGCAUCCAGUUCCUCAGCGGCCAAAAUUGCAUGGCAAACUCACGCAUUUACGUGCAGCAAAGCAUCAAGAAGAUCUUUAUUGAGAAAUUCCAAAAAGCGUUGGAAUCUGUUCGGCUAGGUGACCCGAUGGAUCCCCAAGUAAACCAUGGGCCGCAGGCGGAUAAAAUCCAGUAUAAUACCGUGAAGCGAUAUAUUGAGGAAGGCAAGAAGACGGGCAAGUUGGUAACAAAAGAGGAGCCCGCUCCGGGCUUUUUUAUCAGGCCUGUAGUCUUCACAGGCGUCCCAGAGAAUGCGAAAAUCAUGAAAGAGGAGAUUUUCGGGCCUGUAGCUGUCAUUAAUUCGUUCGAGACGGAAGAAGAAGCUGUUGAGAAGGCUAAUGAUAGCGAGUACGGCUUAUACGCCUCGGUGUACACGAAUGAUCUAAAUCGAGCGCACAGAGUCUCCUUGAAGCUGCAAGCAGGCACAGUAGGGGUCAAUUGCACAGGCCCGACAAAAGGGGAUUUUAUGCCGUUUGGGGGCCAAAAAGGGAGCGGCCUACAGAGAGAGGGUUAUCUAGAGAGCAUGCUGACGUUUAUGGAGCCAAAAGCAAUAAUACUAGCAAAGCAGUUGCGAGCGAAACUGUAA